UUUUUUCUAUCAAGAAAUGUCUUCGGCUCCCUAUGAAUCAACUGCUGGUCACCCCUGAAGUUGAAAACGAAGACCCUAGGGUCGUUGACAUACAGCUAGGCGAGGGCAUUUCCAACAAAACCCCAACUACCAGGUUUCGCAUUUCGUUGGCUAUUCGGUCCUUGACAUUAGAAUACGUACACUUCCAGUAUCAAACUCUUGGGUAUUCUAGAGUUGACGAGCAGGCCAACACUCUUUCAAGCGUUGCAGAUAACCAGCAUGGUUCUAUAGAAGAAUUCCUCAAGGCAUGCCCACAUAUUCUCGAUCGCGGCACAGCUAAGAAAAUGAUAAUUACUGGCACUAAGAUGCUUGUUUUGGAGCGUUUAUAUGGGCACGCUGGGAUAUCUGCGCUUCUGGCCUUUGUUCCAAGCUGGACGAGGCUUAGGUAUCCCGAACUUACAAUCUUUAUUGAGCUGUUUCUUUUUCGCCACGCUGACAUUGCUACAAUGGCAGAAGAUGUCUCCAAUAAGUACUGGAAGUGUCAGCAUUUAUAUAACCGCCAGGUUCGUUCGAGGGACAGGCGGAGUAGGAAAAUUCAACACAAUGGCAAGCAAAGCUGGGCAUCGGCCCCACAUAACGAAUCGAUGGCAGUGAUGCCAAUAUCCGAUUCGGUGACCAGUUGGGAUGCAGAAAAGGGCUUUCAUGAUGAACCUUCCCGACCGAAUGUCCCUGAGCCACAGUCACCUGGCUUAUCUGCCUGCUCCGAUUACAUGGCUCAAGUACGUGUCGGAAAUAUGCCGACCACUUUCGACCCUACACACCUUAUGCAAAGGUCCACUCAAACCGUGACUAAUGGACAAGACGACACUGGGGUCAUACCCUUGGAUUGUACGCCGUGGGUCCGUCUCGGACUGGAAUCUACUUCCUUUGAUCCUCCCCACGAUGCUUUCUAUACAGGACAAACGGACCCUGAGUACAUGCAGAGUUUCUCUACUCCUUUCGACGCAACAAACAUGGCACAUAUGGGUACUAUGCCUGAGGUAUUUACACCAAAUUAUUCGAUACAGAAAGAGACGGCCCCUACAAUUCCAAGCAGUCUCAUCAGCAACGUACAUCAGAGCGCUGCGGUGAUAGGCGGGAUGGAGACACAGCACUUACCCCCAGCUCCUUUUUUCCGUGCUGAUGACACCCUCAUUUCACCCACAAAUGAUGGUAGAACGUUACCAACAUUCUACCAGACACAGGGUUUGGUGAACAGUCAUUGCAGCAUGGUUAACGUGGAAAAUCGCCUAUCAAAUGAUGCAUUGCAUACGCCUAUACCGGUGCCGUAACACCAAUAAUCAUCCCACUAUGUGAUUGUACACCCAAAUAACAACAGUACUAAUAAAAGAAAUACAUAGCUAUUAUCUUGGUGCCCUUUAAUUAGUAUGUAUGAUGACAUCGUUGGACUUCGGCAAGGCUAUGAUAGCGACGAACUUGCCAGGGAAGCGUCGGGGCUCA